AUAGGCGUGUCUUUCGGGGUGGCUGGUGAGCAAAAUACUCCGUUUCCCAGCAUGCAGAGGGGCCCUGAAGAUUCGGUGGGGUGGAGACGGAGCUCGCUGUCACUGUCUCAGAGCUCGAGCUGGUUUAGUCAAUCAGAACAAUGACUUCUCCGCUGAAGGCUGCGGAGCGAAGCUGAGCCGCGCGCAAAAGCAAUCACGCCUGUAUUACCGCUGGCCGCUGGGCGAGGAGGAGAGAGUUAUUGGCAACGGCAGCAGUUGCUGCUGUUUUUUUGAGCUGGAGAGGAUCUGCAGCUGUUUCUGGUAUUGUUUGCAAAAAGAGGACCAAAAGGCACACUCAUGUGGAUUCCUACAGAGCACGAGAAAUACGGAGUCGUAAUUGCAAGUUUUCGAGGAACAAUCCCUCAUGGUUUAUCACUGGAGAUUGGAGACACUGUUCAAAUACUAGAAAAAUGUGAUGGUUGGUACAGAGGAUUUGCCUUAAAAACCCCAAAUCUCAAGGGUAUCUUCCCAUCCAGCUUUGUUCACUUGAAAAAUGUAUGUGUUAAGAACAAAGGGCAGUUUGAAAUUAUUAUUCCAGCAGAAGAUUCUGUUAUUACAGAGAUGACUUCCACUUUAAGAGACUGGGGGACAAUGUGGAAACAGCUUUAUGUGAGAAAUGAAGGUGAUCUAUUUCACCGACUGUGGCACAUAAUGAAUGAAAUCCUAGAUCUGCGACGUCAGGUACUGGUGGGUCAUCUGACCCAUGAUCGGAUGAAGGAUGUAAAAAGGCACAUUACUGCUCGCUUGGACUGGGGCAAUGAACAGCUAGGGUUAGAUUUGGUUCCAAGAAAGGAAUAUGCAAUGGUGGAUCCAGAGGAAAUCAGUAUUACAGAGUUGUACCAAUUGAUGGAACAUCGUCAUCACAAAAAAGACACACCAAUCCCAGCAAGCAGCCACCAUCUCUUUGUGCAGAUGAAGAGUUUGAUGUGUUCUAAUCUAGGAGAAGAACUAGAAGUUAUCUUUUCACUUUUUGAUAGUAAAGAGAAUCGACCAAUCAGUGAGAGAUUUUUUUUAAAACUAAAUCGGAAUGGUUUGCCAAAAUGUCCAGAGAAGCCAGAAAAAUAUUGCUCUCUUUUUGUGGAUUUGGGAAGCAGUGAACUUAGGAAGGACAUCUACAUUACUGUGCACAUUAUACGCAUUGGCCGAAUGGGAGCAGGUGAAAAGAAAAAUGCUUGCAAUAUACAAUAUCGGCGACCUUUUGGUUGUGCGGUCCUCAGUAUAGCAGAUCUACUGGCUGGUGAUACAAAAGAUGACCUUAUUUUAAAAGUAUAUAUGUGUAACACAGAGAGUGACUGGUUUCAAAUUCAUGAAAGCAUCAUAAAAAAACUAAAUGCACGCUAUAACCUGACAGGAUCCAAUGCUGGUCUAGCUGUCUCUCUUCAGCUACUCCAUGGAGACAUUGAACAAAUCAGGAGGGACUACACAUCCAUGUUUACCCAUGGAGUAUCAAUAGCAAGGAAGUUGGGCUUUUCCAAUAUUAUUAUGCCAGGUGAAAUGAGAAAUGAUCUAUAUAUCACAAUAGAAAGAGGAGAAUUUGAAAAAGGAGGGAAAAGUGUGGCCAGAAAUGUGGAAGUCACAAUGUACAUUGUGGACAGCGGUGGACAAAUUUUGAAUGAUUUUAUCUCCUUUGGCUCUGGAGAGCCACCAGCCUCUGAAUUCCAUUCUCUUGUGUUGUAUCAUAACAACAGUCCCAGGUGGGCUGAGCUGCUGAAACUACCUAUUCCAGUGGAUAAAUUCAGGGGAGCACACCUUCGGUUUGAAUUCCGCCACUGUUCCACAAAAGAGAAGGGAGAGAAGAAGAUGUUUGGUUUUUCUUUCGUCCCUCUGAUGCAGGAAAAUGGAAGGACCCUGCCAGACGGAAUUCAUGAGCUCAUUGUGCACAAGUGUGAAGAAAAUACAAAUCUUCAGGAUUCUAGUCGCUACCUCAAAUUUCCCUUUUCAAAAGGGCAUCUUCUUGCAAACAACCACCAAGCAAUAAAAUCUACUAAGGAAACUUUCUGGAUUACAUCUUUUCUGUGUUCAACUAAACUCACACAAAAUGGAGAUAUGCUUGACCUUCUUAAAUGGCGAGCUCACCCAGAAAAAAUUGCAGGUUGCCUCUCAAAACUGAAAGAAAUUGAUGGUUCUGAAAUAGUGAAGUUUCUUCAAGAUACGCUAGACACUUUAUUUGGGAUUUUAGAUGAAAAUUCUCAAAAGUAUGGCUCUCAAGUAUUUGACUGUUUGGUUCACAUAAUUAAUUUGCUGCAGGACAACAAGUUUCAUCAUUUUAGGCCAGUUAUGGAUACCUACAUUCAAAGUCAUUUUGCAGGAGCUCUUGCUUACAGAGAUCUCAUAAAGGUAUUGAAGUGGCAUGUUGAUCGAUUUACUGAAGCAGAAAGACAAGCACACAACCAGGAAGUAUUAAAGGCCCAAGAAUAUAUAUUUAAAUAUAUAGUUCAGUCUCGGAAACUAUUCUCUCUUGCUACUGGUGGACAAAAUGAGGAGGAAUUCUGCUGUUGUAUUCAAGAGCUUUUGAUGUCAGUACGAUUCUUCCUUUCCCAAGAAACUAAAGGAACCAAUGCUUUAUCUCAGGCCCAAGCAAUCUUUCUCAGUUCCUUCCCAGCUAUAUAUUCAGAAUUGUUAAAGCUCUUUGAUGUGAGAGAAGUAGCAAAUUUGGUGUGUGAUACUCUAGGGAGCUUGCCAAUCAUUACAAAUGCGGAUGAUUCUCUUCAAGCAGUGAAACUUCAGUGCAUUGGAAAAACAGUGGAAAGCCAAUUAUAUACCAAUCCAGAGUCUCGGUAUGUUUUGCUACCAGUAGUUCUGCAUCACCUUUAUAUGCAUCUGGAAGAGCAAAAGGAUCUGAUCAUGUGUGCACAUAUCCUUAGCAACAUAUUUUCCUUCGUUAAGAAAAAUAGUUCUGAUAAGUCAGUAUUGGAAGAAAUAGAUGUAAUUGUGAACAGUCUACUAGAUGUAUUACUCAGAACCAUCUUGGAGGUCACAAGCUGCCCACAAGCAGCAGGUUCUACCAUGCGGCUUCAGUUUCAGGAUAUUACAGGGGAGUUUGUUUCAUGUCUUUUGUCAUUAUUGCGACAAAUGACUGACAGACAUUACCAGCAACUCCUUGACAGAUUCAAGACAAGAGACAUGCUGAGAAAUUUCUUGUUACAGAUAUUUACUGUUUUUCGAAUAUUAAUACAGCCAGAAAUGUUUCCAAAAGAUUGGACAGUGAUGCGUUUAGUUGCUAACAAUGUUAUUAUUACAACAGUGUUAUAUCUUUCUGAUGCCCUUCGCAAAAACUUCUUAAAUGAAAAUUUUGAUUACAAGAUUUGGGAUUCUUAUUUUUACCUUGCUGUCAUAUUUAUAAAUCAGUUCUGUCUACAGUUAGAAAUGUUCACACCUUCUAAGAAAAAAAAAAGUACUAGAAAAACAUACAAAAAAUAUGGUGAUAUGCGGGUGACAAUGGGAUGUGAAAUCUUCAGCAUGUGGCAAAAUUUAGGAGAACACAAAAUCUACUUCAUCCCAGCACUGAUCAGCCCUUUCUUAGAAGUGACAUUGAUACCUCAGCCUGAUCUGCGGAAUGUUGUCAUUCCUAUUUUUCAUGAUAUGAUGGACUGGGAGCAAAGACGUAGUGGCAACUUUAAACAGGUGGAAGCAAAACUGAUUGACAAAUUGGAUAGCUUGAUGUCAGAAGGAAAAGGUGAUGAAACUUACAGAGAGCUCUUCAACAGUAUAAUUCCACUUUUUGGUCCUUAUCCCAGCCUGCUGAAGAAAAUUGAACGUGAAACAUGGAGAGAAAGUGGUGUUUCAUUAAUCGCCACUGUAACCCGUCUUAUGGAGAGGCUGCUGGACUACAGGGACUGCAUGAAAAUGGGAGAAGUGGAUGGCAAAAAGAUUGGAUGUACUGUCAGCUUGUUGAAUUUCUAUAAAACAGAACUGAAUAAAGAAGAGAUGUACAUUAGGUACAUACAUAAACUAUAUGAUCUGCACCUAAAAGCACAAAACUUUACAGAAGCUGCCUAUACACUUUUGCUGUAUGAUGAACUGUUGGAAUGGUCAGACAGACCAUUGCGGGAAUUCCUAAGCUAUCCUAUGCAGACAGAAUGGCAGCGUAAAGAAUGUCUUCAUCUCACGAUAAUCCAGAAUUUUGACAGAGGAAAAUGCUGGGAAAAUGGUAUUAUUUUAUGCAGGAAGAUUGCUGAGCAAUAUGAAAGCUAUUAUGACUACAGAAAUCUCAGCAAGAUGCGGUUGAUGGAAGCUUCUUUAUACGAUAAAAUUAUGGAUCAGCAACGUUUGGAGCCUGAGUUUUUCAGAGUUGGAUUUUAUGGGAAGAAGUUUCCAUUUUUCUUACGGAACAAACAAUUUGUUUGCCGAGGACAUGAUUAUGAACGUUUGGAGGCUUUUCAACAGCGGAUGUUAAAUGAGUUUCCACAUGCCAUUGCUAUGCAACAUGCCAAUCAACCGGAUGAAACCAUCUUUCAAGCAGAGGCACAGUAUCUGCAAAUCUAUGCUGUGACACCAAUUCCUGAAAGCCAGGAUGUAUUGCGAAGAGAAGGCAUUCCAGAUAAUAUCAAAAGUUUUUAUAAAGUAAAUCAUAUUUGGCGAUUCCGAUAUGACAGGCCAUUUCACAAAGGGACCAAAGACAAAGAUAAUGAAUUCAAGAGUUUGUGGGUAGAGAGAACAACACUGAUCUUGGUGCAGAGUUUGCCAGGAAUUUCCCGAUGGUUUGAAGUGGAGAAACGUGAAGUUGUGGAAAUGAGCCCAUUGGAGAAUGCUAUUGAAGUAUUGGAAAAUAAAAACCAGCAGUUAAGGACAUUGAUCAGUCAGUGUCAGACUCGACAGAUGCAGAAUAUCAAUCCACUUACAAUGUGUUUGAAUGGUGUAAUUGAUGCAGCAGUUAAUGGGGGAAUUGCCAGGUAUCAAGAAGCAUUCUUUGUGAAGGAAUAUGUUCUGAACCAUCCAGAGGAUGGAGAAAAGAUCACAUGCUUAAGAGAACUGAUGCUUGAGCAGGCCCAGAUUCUUGAAUUCGGCUUAGCAGUCCAUGAGAAGUUUGUCCCCCAGGAUAUGAGACCUUUACAUAAAAAACUGGUGGAUCAGUUUUUCAUGAUGAAAUCUAGUUUAGGAAUACAGGAAUUUGCUGCAUGCAUCCAGGCUAGUCCAGGUCACUUUCCAAAUGGAAGCCCACGUGUCUCUAGAAAUUCUGUCCCUAUAUCCAUGAGUCCAGAGGUGGGCAGAAUUUCUAGACAUAGUCCAUUAUGUUACCCAGCUAUCAACAGAUACUCUUCCUCAUCAUUGUCCUCUCAAGCAUCUGCAGAGGUCAGCAAUAUAACUGGACAAUCCGAGAGCUCAGAUGAAAUUUUCAACAUGCAGCCAAGCCCAUCUACCUCAAGUCUGAGUUCUACUCAUUCUGCUUCCCCUAAUGUGACCAGCUCUGCUCCAUCCAGUGCUAGAGGCUCACCUCUGUUAUCAGACAAGCUUAAAUAUUCCAGAGAAAACUCUUGCCUAUCUCCAAGGGAGAGGCCCUGUAGUGCCAUUUACCCUAAUCCUGCUGAACCUUCACAGAGAAUUGUGUUCAAUCAUAAUGGUGAUGGUGCUUUGCCUCGAAGUGACCCUAGUUUGUCUGCCCCUGAGAAAACUGUAACUAGUGCUCCCAGCAGUUGGAGCCUGGAUAAUGGGAAAGAAGCCAAAAACAUGUCAGAGAGUAGAAAGCUCAUGUCUCCUCCUGUGCCACCUCGUCCCACUGCAUCACCAGUUCGACACAUAACCUCAGUUUCCCCUUCUGCUGGAAGAUCUCCAAUGAAGGGUUCUGUGCAAUCAUUUUCAUCAUCUCCUAUGGACUACCAUUCUUCCAGGCUCAUUUCCAACUCUCCAGUCUUGUCUGGAAGUUACAGCAGUGGCAUUUCUUCACUUAGUCGAUGUAGCACAUCUGAAACAUUUGGUUUUGAAACGCAUAUCAAUGAACAUCCAGUUCCUCUUUCUAAUUGCAACAUUUCCGAAGAGCCAAUAAGAAAAGAUAGCAAGAUUCCUCCACCUUAUAGUGUUUAUGAGCGAACUCUGAGGCGUUCUGUCCCACUACCUCACAGCCUUUCCAUUCCCAUUUCUACAGAUCCACCAGCAUUACCCCCAAAACCUUUGUUGGUCAGACCAAGCAAUUUGGAGCACAGCAGCAAGAGAACAGAACAGGUGCCUCAACCCAGGCCUCUUCCACGAAAAGUCUCUCAGUUAUAAAUAUAAGUCAAAAAGUCAUUUUUUGAAUGACUUAAAUAAAAAACAUAUCUAAUAUAGGCACUUUAAUAUUUUUCACAAAUCUUCCUGGUGAUUUUUAAAAACUGCUUAACUUUAAGUACUUAACUAAGUGCUAGCUUAAAAAGCCAGAACCUAGAGGCAAUGAGACUGAAAUUCUAUCUUUAGCAUAGCAUACAGCAAAUGUGAUUCUGCAUAUAAAUUUGAACUAGAAGUCUAGCUGUUCAAACAACAUCAAAGCAUACUUUCCCUUGAAAGCCUUAUAUUAGUGCAACAGUGUACUUUCUGACAGAAUAAAAUUUGAUUUGAAGCAGAAGUGAAAUGCUACUGGUACAGAUCAGUUCGGGAGGACCGGUAAUGGAGAUUGGGGCUGGUUUGCUGAACCAGUGGCAAUCGCUGGCUGGCCACACCCCCAAACCGAUCCACGGCCUGCAGCCCUGCCAUGCUUCCCUGCCUUCCAUGCGGCCUUCCCGUGGCCAGCUUGCAAAGGCAGGCAAGCUGAAGGCCACGUGGAAGGCAGGCAAGCAUGGCAGGGCUUCAGGGAAGCUAGCAGACAACUCCCUUCCCCGCAGCCCUGCCAUGCUUGCCUGCCUUCCAUGUUGCUAAACUCAUUGUUGGGAGUGUCAGCGAUCUAAGGAAACGUGUUCCAGCUCUUCAAGAUCGACUUUAAGAGCGCCGAGAACCCGACAGCAAAAGUAGCGACAGCGGGGGCGACAGGGACGUGUGUGUAUGUGUCCGUCCCUCCACGAUCCUCCUCUCCCUGGUGACAGCCAGGGCUUCACCAGCUCCUCUUUUCCUCAGAGGGGCGGUGUCUGCCUCCAAGUCCUUGCGGAGGGACACAUAUACACACGCUCCUGUCGCUCCCGCUGCCACUACUUUUGCUGUUGGCUUCACGGCACUCUUAAAGUUGAUCUUGAAGAGCCUGGAACCCGUUUCCUUAGAUCGCCGCCAAACUCAUUGUUGGCAGCAUCAGCGAUCUAAGGAAACAUCUUUCAGCUCUUUAAGAGCUGUUGACUUUAAGAGCACCGAGAAGCCGACAGCAAAAGUAGCAGCAGCAAGGGCGACGGACAUGUGACGUGUCCCUCCACGGUCCUCUCCCGGGUUUGCCACCGCCUCUUUUUCUCACACACAUACACACAUGCCCCUGUCACACGUGGCCGCACAAGAGAACUCUCCGGCAUGGCACAGUUCCAGAAUAGCAGGAGAGCCCAAGCAAGCUCUGCCCCCACCGCCGCCACUGCUGCCUGCCUUCGCCAGGCCCGGCCGUGCCACCACGGAGCCCACGGCGCUUUCCCUUCAGCCUGGGCAGCAGGAUGCAGUCCCAGCCGAGGCCUCCCUGGCUGGGCGAUUGCCGCAUCUCCGCAGCAACAGGUGCGCUGGGACCACCUUGCCCACCUUCGUCACUUCCAUGCACUGUGUGUGGAAGGGGCCGUCGCUGCCGCUGUCGCCACCCUCCCAUCCAGCCUGGCUGCAGAGUGCAGACGUCCGCCUGCCCUAAGCAACCCGGCUGCCGUUCACUUUCAUUUUGCGGCAGGAGAAGGAAGAAAGCAAAAUGCCUAUUGACAUGCUAUUGCGUUUUAUUCAAUAUUUGUAUGUUGUUUGAACUUGUCUCUUAGAUAUCUUUUUUCUAGCAUUCCAAUAGUGGUUAGUUUACAUGCUUGUAGAAUUUUCCCCCUCCCAUUUUAUUUUAUUUUAUUUUAGAUAGGUGCAAUUUACAGCUCCAUAAAGAUAAUAAACGUUAAUCAUUAUUGUAUUAUAGAAAAUAUAGCCAAUAUGUACAGUUAUUUUUUAAAAAAGAUCAUUGAUUUCAGACACAGAAACUAACUUCUCAGAUUAUUUUAAUAGCCAAAAUGAAUAAGUCAUUUUAAAUGUGAAUCAAGAAAAAAACCACUCGAACUCUUAAGAUGAAAAUGCUGAAAGCAAUUGGGUGCAAGCAAAUGUUCACGAGAAUGCUAUUUACAAGAAGAAUUAAUUGAAGCAGCAAAUUUUUAAAGACAAGAUUCAGCCUUUUUAUUGUUAUAUAUAAAGUUUCUGAAUGAAAGUUCUUCCAUUCUGUUGUUCUAUAUUCCACUGCAAAAAUGUAGAUAAAAUAAUUUAAGGGACAGUGGUUUAGAUCGUGGAAAGUGAGAGGAUUUUAGGGCACAGACUGAAAACUUGUUGGCAACUAAAUGUAAUCCAGAUUUCAGCCCCAAUCCUGCAAAAUGUUUUCUCUAAAAGUGCUCUUACUCAUCCCAGAUGGAGCCCUAACUGGUAUUUUGCUAGAAAACUCCUGUGUUUUUGAAAGCUUACAUUUAGUUCUAUAACUGUAUAAACAAAAACAAGUGUACAGGCAAUUUUUCCAUUUCUUAUUUCUCCCCCUCCCCCAAAAAAACUUACUAUUUGUAGUAUUUGUUUGAUAUCAUGAAGUCUGUACUUUUCAAUUGUACCAUUAAAGUUACCUCCCUGUUUGGUUGGGAAACUUGUAUUGAUUUUAUCAGUUUAUCUUAUUGAUAGUUUAACUGGAACAUUAUUGACCCCUUUUUAUCUCAAUGAGAAACUCUCAGUAGGUUUAUGCUAUUAAUGGUAGCUAUAGAAGUUUUAUAUAAUGUUCAAGUAUUUUUGUACAUAACUGGUUAAUUUUAAUAAGAAGUACAAUGGGGGGAGGAAAGCAAAUGGUUGUGUAUGCAGUAAGAUGGUUAUAAUUAUGCCAAAUACUUUAUGUAAUUGGGGGAACAGGAACACAGGGAAUAAUAUUUGUACAUAUGUGUUUUUAACAAUAAUUCUGCCAUAUUGAUUCUACAACUUUGAAUGUCAAAAAUAUAUUAAUAUAUGUUGAAAUACCUAUGUUUAGCAAAAAUGUUUACAACUGGAAAAAGGGCAUAAAAUUUAGGUUUGUAGGUUGCUGAUUUUGAGGCCCGAGAUUUCUGAAUUUGCUUGAUCAUAACAUUUUUUUUGUGUCUGCAUAACUACAUUUUUGGAAUCAUAAGCUACAUUUUUAUGCUUUUAAAAUAUAUUGUAAUUUAAAUAAACUGUCACAAACUGGAUAAUAGAUCUACUUUGAUCCCUUCCUAUAUUGUAUUUAGAAUUAAAUCUGUGUUUGCCUGGUGCUUCAGAUAGAAUCAGUAUUAUUUGCUGCUUGUCCAUUUUUAAAAUAUACUUGAGAGGAAGCAAAAUUUUUACUCGUGUGCACGUAUUACUGACGUCUGCUUAGCAGCAAAACAUUUUAAUGUAGUUUGUUUACAGAUAAUUAUAUUGGUUGUUGAGAAACCAUAAAUACAAAAUAAAUUUGAUUGAAAUUCA